UCGUGAGAGCCGCCUCUGGGACAGGGAGAGUAGAGAGUAGAGAGUGCUGUUGUUCGUUGGCCAGUUCGUCGCGCGUUCAUUGGCAAUUCAUCGCACCCUGCCGCACCGCGCGCACGUCUCUCACCCGUUCUGUUCGCGCCGGACGAUUGCCGAUUCUUUUUCGCGCCGUUUUGGUUUGUUCCUGGAAGUAAACUGAAGAAGCUCCCUACAAACCUGUAUCCUCGAACGAUGAAGACAGCAACCCUACUGACCCUGAAAACAGCGCUGCGACCUUCACCUUGCACCUAGGAGCUCUCUUGUGUCUGUUUCUGUCGGCCAUGAUCUUAUAGACUUCUUAUUCCAUUAGACUUCUAAUUUUCAAUUAGUCACAGGCCUACAACUGGAUGAAUAUUGGCAGGAGGCAUUAUGCAUUGGCUUUGUUUCUUUAAAAAAGCUUUAAACUACUAUAGGGCCUAAGACGGGGGAAAACCCAACUUUUGAAACAUUGUAUCAAUUCAAUGUCUUGUUCAGUAUUUUCUUGACAAUGCAAUUGUUUCUGUGUUGAUCAUUCACAAUAGGCAUGCAAUUUCAAUCACUACAGGUUCAAUGUAAUGUGCUUUAGAUAUAUAAUACUGUGUGCACUACACAUAAUAUUAUGUGCAUAGUUAGCUUUACUCAGCUGGGUGAGAGCUGACUUCAACAGAGCUACAUCUACUAAGGGUAUUGCCAUUGAGGAGCACACAAGUUUAUGUCUUUGACAUUUUUAAUCUCUUGGAAAACUGUUGAUAACAUCAAGGACCCCCAGUUCCUGUAACUUUAACCUCAAGACUAUUUUAAAACACAAAAGGGUAUCUUUCUGUAUAAUUAAAAGCAUUUCAUGAUCUAACAAUCAUCAUCUUCUGACGAUAGAUUAGUAGAAAACAGGGUACAUUUCACUUUCACAUGUAUAGGAAAUAAAUGCAGAAACUUUUUUUUUCUCCAAUGGAAGAACAGAAUUGCCAAAGAAGGCACUUCUCUUUUGCAGUUAAGUUUUUUGUGGAUGACAAUGUUUCCUUUGAGCGGGUAAAGAUGAGUGUAAAGAAAUCAUUCCCAAAAGCACAGCAUUUCCUCAGUGAUUUCUUUCAUUGUUCCAAUUCACUCCUGCCUCUCCUAAUUCCACGCGCCAUGUCCACACUCCAAAACAAGAGCACAGUGUGUACUGAUACAAGCAUAAAUGAGUUACUUUAUCAGCACUGUUUCUUCUUACGAAAGAUGUUAAAAUGAAAAAGAAAGAACGACCAAACAUCAAACUAAAAAAAAAAAAA